AGGUGUGCAUAGACUCAAUUCCAGUCACAGAAUCCACAGGCAGCUCUAAGUGAGCAGCCAAGGUCUGAUUCAUCAUUUCCCUGUACUUUGCAUAGUAUGUUACACUCCUAUAUUCUGAUUUUUUUUUUUUUGGUGGCAUUCUAAACUCACUGUACAGCACUUUGAAACAAUUCCACAAAGUGUAGGACAAUGGUAAAUUGGCCCCUGGAUGUGCAUAGACUAAGCCCAGACAUUAAAAUAGAAGCAACUUGCCCAUGCAUGUAUUUAUUGUGACGUUUGCGUUGGAUUACAUGGGUGCAUUUUAAUGUGCUCUCUGAUGACAGUCUCUGCACAUAUGCUAAAGCUAACACAUCCUCUUCCUCUGCUGAUAGAUAAAUUUUCUAACUGGCUGUCUGCAUCCCCCAAAACUGUCAGAUGCACUCCUAAUUCUUUUUAUCCAUGGUACAUGUAUGACCCCAGUUAUUGUAAUAUCUGAGCACUUCACAAUCUUUAAUGUGUUUAUCCUCAACCUCCUGUGAGGCAAGGUAGGGCUGUUAUCCCCUUUAUUCAGAUGGGGACCUAAGGCACAAACUGUAUGACUUGCCCAAGGUCAUACAGGGAGUCUGUGGCAGAGCAGGGAAUUCUGAAUCCCUGCUUGCUUCCUAAUGUCUGGAUCCUCCUUCCUCCCCUCAUUGCAGAAUUGCCAGAUUUGUUUAGCUGUGUUCCUUGUUCAGUUUGCCUUCAGCUUCCAGAAAAAUCUUCCACUGAUAGAAGUUGGAGAGAGAUGAGGGGAGGAAUUUGGCCAUGCGGGAAGCCCGCAGCCUAAAUGUGUGUUGUGGUAGUAAUUGCCGUUGUCAUUACCAUAGCUUCAUAAUGAAAAACACUGCAGCCAACUGCAUUGGGAACCGAGCAUGGAGCAACCGUAAACUAGAUUAACCCAGACAGUACUUAUAUUAAUAGGGGGCAGUGAACUGAUCUUGGGAGACUGGUGGUUCUGAAUUACUAAUGCUGGCUCUGCCAGCUAACUCACAGUGUGACCCUGGUCGAGUCAUUGAACGAAUGUGUGUUCUUUCCCUUCUUUGUUGUUUUAUUUUGAAUUGCAGGAAAGCCUAGGGGCCCCAGGCAUGGACCAUGGCCCUGUUGUGCUAGGUGCUGUACAAACACAAUAAAAUGAAGGUCCCUGCACUAAAGACUAAGUAAAUUGUAGAACAAGGCUGAUCCUCGGAGUGCAGAGCCAUCAGCCCGGUCACUUUGUGUACUUGGUUUUUUUUUUAAAUCUGUUGUCUUCUGCCAUCUGUGUAGACGGUGUCCAGGAGCCAGAACUUCGAUUUAUGUAAAUGUUUAUAACUUAGUUGAGAUCAAUGGAGCUAUGAAGCCCUGUUGAGGGUCUGGCCCCCAGGUGUUUUUACCUCUGUGUUCUCGGGUCUGCUGGCGGAUGGUUAAAAAUGCCAAUGCUGUGUUUAGCAACUGGUGUUAGUGAAACAGUGGGAGAUUUCCUGAGAUGCUGGAGCAGAUGCAGUCUGCAUGCAUCUGAGGGUUAAUUAAUGUUUGUAAGUGUGCUGUAGAUGAAAGUACAGAGUGUUGUUAUACACUUAAUUCUAAUCAUGUCACCAGGAAGUGAAGUGCUGUCUUUUGUGCCUUGUCCUUCACAGUAACUGAGAAGAGAGCGAAUGCUGUAGAUUCCAACCCACAUCUGCAAACUCUUGAGCUGUGGCUGGAUUGGAGGCCUGGCUCUGCCCCUCUUGCUGGAGAAAUGCCCUUGAAUGUUAGUCACAAUUACUGCAAUUGAUCUGUAGAGAAUGGCUCCCACUGCUUUGGGGACCAUAAAAAUCUUAUUUAUCUCCCACCUCCAGUGUUGAUGUGCCUGAAAUACUGUGUGCGUUGGGCCAUGACAUUGACCUGCCUUCUUGCUAACACUCAGAGAAUAACAAAUGGCAAGGGUGAAACAAUAUAAUGAAAAAGAACUUUUAGGAGGAAAGCUGGUGAUCUCUUUAUUUCAGAAGCUUGAAGAGUUGUAGUCUGAACCAGCUCUUUUCAUACUGCUUGGCAGGCAUGCCUUUCUGGGACAUUUACCACCCAGUCCUGAUAAUUGCUUCUCCUGAGAGUGAAGAAUGGCCUAUAUCAGCCUUGCUGUUAGUGCAGAGUACUGUUGAUGCCUGUCUUAUUAGCAAGACAUGUGGGUCAGCGUUGCCUGUGGACUCGGCUCGGCCCCAGCCGUUCUAUGCGACACGUGGUCCCCAUGGGAACAGCAGCGAAGGAGGAGAUGGCUCAAUUUUGCGAUAAAAACACCCAGUCAAACCGUCCCAUGUCCCCUCAUAUCACCAUCUACAAGUGGUCUCUGCCCAUGAUGAUGUCCAUCGCCCACCGUGGCACUGGUGUUGCAAUGAGUGCAGGGGUGUCUCUCUUUGGCCUGGCUGCCUUGAUUCUCCCGGAACAAUUCCCCUAUUACUUGGCAUUUGUGAAGUCACUCAGCCUGGGGCCUGCUCUUAUCUACUCUGCUAAGUUUGCCUUGGCUUUCCCCCUCACCUACCACACCUGGAAUGGAAUCCGACACCUUAUUUGGGACAUGGGAAAAGGAUUUAAGAUUCCCCAAGUCUACCAGUCUGGAGUCCUGGUCCUGGUCUUGACCCUGCUUUCCUCUGCUGGACUCGCAGCCAUGUGAAGGCGCCUCCCUCCUGAAGGCCCUCCCUUCUCCUACAAGGAUUUGAUUCAUCUGGUGAUCUGGUCCAGACAGAGCUCAGUGUGCGUAUGGGGGGAGGGAAGGAGGGACUAGAGACUCCUAGAUAACUAAAUUGUUGAUGCAAGAUGGUGCUUUCUCCUCUUUGUAAAGCAUGUGAAUGAUCAGAGUUUGUUUAUUACUAGCCCUGAGUGAUGUGCUGUCUCCAGCUAUCCUAGCUCAGCGAGAUCUCAGAACACCCUUCCAGAAUGCCACCAGCAGGAGUGUCCCAGUCCAGGAUGUUCAAGACUAUAGGUAGCUACAAGCAGCUGGUAACUGACAGCUGAUUCGCAGUUGAUUCUUAUCCACCUAGAGCAUGCUCAGAGGAGCUGCUUUUCUUAAUUCAUUGCUGUUCUUUCAAACUAACUGUGCUUCACUUGCUUUCUGCUCUGCCCUGAAGCUUGAGACAAUACUGGCACUGUGUGCCCCCUCACAGGGCCUGAAGGGGGUUGGGGGAGGAGAUGCGAGUGCCUCUAGCCUAGUGUAUGUGUGUAGGCUCACAUAAAAGACAAAUCUCUCCAUUGAUGCUGGCGCUGGGUCUAGGGCAAGCACAGACUGAGCCGCCAACGCCAGCGCCUAUGAUGCUAGCAAGGGGAAUAAAGAAUUUGACACUGUCCUGGGUAAAAUGCCUAACUGCUGGAAUCUGGCUUUCUGCAGCAGUCAGCAUCCUGUGGGCUUUACAGUGGGGAGAGGGGAAGCCUGUGGUGGGCCCAGUGCUUGGGGGCUGGGCAUGUUGAGUUCAAAGCGCUCUGUGCAGCAGCUCACAACUCUCCCAGCAGAUGAAGGAUAAGCACCUGUAUAUUUUUGGAGUCUUCAAUCAAAUGUUUUUUUUUUUCCCCUCUGAAAAUAAAUCUGUUCUUUGAACCUUU